GCCUGUCAGGCUCCAUCUAUCGACGCAUCUCGCCCUCACGCCUGCCGCCUGCACGGCUGCACCCGCGCCCUCAGAGGCCGGCCCAUCUAGCCGCCUCGGCCUCGAGCUCACGCGCCUCCCGCACACGAUGACGCGCGGCUCGUCCCCGCUGCCGGUGCCGCCCUCGCUGCCGCGCGCCGCAGACGACAGCAGCCAGUUGGAGCUGCAGCCCGGCGUGGCGCUGGGCCCGUUCCGCCUCGGCCUCACGCUCCACGCUCUGCUCAGCUACCUGCGUCGCGAGGCGCGCCGCUGGCCCCGCGUCGAAGUGACGGCCGGCCCGACCGAUGCGCCGCCCGCGCCGGUCAUGGUCGCGCUGUCCCUGCCCGACGGCGCCACGCUGCAUCUCGCAUUCGAGACGACGUCGCAGCGCUUGCAGACUGCAGCGCUGCACCUGCCGUCGGCCAGCGGCUCGGCGCCCUCCGCGCCUCUGGCCCGUUACCGGGGUGCGCCGCUGCCGCCGCUCACGCGAGCAGCCAUCCAGCGCAUCUGGGGGCCGACGUACCCCAUGCGCCAGCACGUGCGCACGCAUGCGUUGCUGGCAGAUGAGCCCUCGGGCUCGAAGGAGGGUUCGGCCGUGGAGCAUCUGCUUUGCUACCCGGGCGUAGCGUUUGGCUUUGAAGAUCCGACGCAAGUUGCCCGCACCGUGUACCUCUUCCGCGGCUUGGAUCCACACGCGCCCGAGCCUGCGCCGCCCCUGCAUCCGUCCGAGUCGCAGCCACCUGCGAUCACUUCGGCGCGGGUGAAGCCAGGCUCGUCCGUCCAGCUCACGUUCAGCUCGGGCGACGAGGUCGAGCUCGUGCUGGGACACAGCACCGCCCAGGACGUGCUCGCCGACCUUGGGGCGCCCGAGUCGCGAUGGCACCGCGACGAUCAGCGCCUCGGAAUCCACUUUGGGCCGCAUGAAGCGGACGAGCCGUCUCAUGACACAGACGCGGCAGGCAUAUUCCAUAACUACCCGUCGCUCGGCCUUGAUGUGCUCCUCGAGCGCUCGCAGGAUCAGGACUCUUCUGUCGUCUCCAAGGUCGUGCUUCACUCGAACAGCCCAGGGACCGCUUUGUUCGGACGCUACGAGCGUGUGCCAUGGCGCAUCGCCGCUUCAUCCGAUCAGUCAGAGGUGACCUAUGCAGAUUCGCUUGUGCAGCUUCACAAGCGGCUGCGCCCGCAAGGCGCUGGCAAGUGGGAGCACGGAGGCACGGUCGACGGCGGCCCGGAGGCGGAGGCGCAGCGCUGCCCAGACAUCAUGGAGCUGGACCGCGGCGCCGACCCCGAGCUGCAGCGUCUGCGCCUGGACGUCCGCAGCCGGCUGAUCGGCUUUCCGGGAGUCGUCGUCGAGGUGGGGCCCGGCGACAGGGUUAGUGCUGUUGUGCUUGUGCCGUCCUGAUGUGCUUCAACGAAGCGAAGCUACGUCUCGCCAUUGCCUGCUUGAGGAGACACCGCGUUGUCAUCUGCCUCCUGCUCUGCAGCGCCCAUCGCGGCGCGCUGCUUGCGGAAGCGCGCAAGAGUGUCGGCGGGAAAGCUGGUCUCGCACGUGAAGCACGAAG